AUGGUGGAAGAAGUGAAGCUUUUGAAGACAUGGUCAUCCCCUUUUGGUUUAAGGCCAAUAUGGGCGUUGAAGCUCAAAUGUAUUCAAUACGAAUCAAUAGAUGAAGAUCUAUCCAACAAGAGUGCUUUGCUUCUUCAGCUGAAUCCCAUCUACCAGAAAAUUCCAGUGCUUGUUCACAAUAGAAAACCCAUCUCAGAAUCACUUGUCAUUCUAGAAUACUUAGAUCAAACAUGGACCCAAAAUCCCAUAAUGCCCCAACAUCCUUUGGAGAAAGCCAGGCAACGAUUUUGGGCCAAAUUUAAUGAUGAAAAGGUUUUACCAUCAAUAUGGAGUGUUUUCACCAAAGAAGGAAAACAAAGAGAGGAAGCCAUGGAAGAAUUAGUGGAGAACUUGAAAUUAGCAGAAGAAGAGUUGCAGGGAAAAAGAUUCUUCAGGGGACAUAAGAUAGGAGUGGCGGAUUUUGAUUUUGGUUGGCUUGCCAACUUGAUCAGUGUUUUCGAACAAGUGACUGGUUUCAAAGUAAUUGAUGGAACAUUUCCAUUGUUAUCUACCUGGAUUUAA